GCAGAUUGCAUUAAUCCCGGAAGCUGUGAAUGUUUUGGUUUUUCAGAGCUGCAGCAUUGCUAAGGGGGAAAAACAGAGGCACGCAUGCAUGGCUACAUUGACUGCCACUGUCACAUCUCUGCGGGGGAUUUUGACAAGGACGUGGAAGAAGUUAUUGAGAAUUCAAAGAAGGCCGGCCUGCUGGCGCUUUUGGCUGUGGCUGAGCAUGCUGGAGAAUUUACCAAAAUCAUUGAACUAUCAGAGAGAUUUCCUGGUUUUAUUUUCCCCUGCUUAGGAGUUCAUCCUGUCCAAGAAGUUCCUCCAGAGCAACAAAGGAGUGUUUCUCUUCAGGACCUGGAUGCAGCUCUACCAGUCAUAGAACAAUACAAAGACCAGCUUGUCGCAGUUGGAGAGGUGGGCUUGGAUUUUACUCCCAGGUUUGUCAGCAGUGAGUCUGAUAAGGAGAAUCAAAAACAGGUUCUUAUACUUCAAGCGAAGGUUGCCAAGGAGCUAGAUCUCCCUCUAAAUGUCCAUUCAAGGUCUGCAGGACGACCCACCAUCCACCUCCUGAAGGAGCAAGGUGUCGAAAAAGCCCUUCUUCAUGCUUUUGAUGGAAAACCUUCUGUUGCAAUGGAGGGAGUGAAAGCUGGAUACUUCUUCUCUAUCCCUCCAUCCAUAAUACGGAGUGAGCAGAAGCAGAAACUUGUUAAACAGCUGCCGCUGGAACACAUCUGUUUGGAAACUGAUUCUCCAGCUCUUGGCCCAGAAAAACAGGUAAGAAACGAGCCCAGAAACAUCAGUGUUUCUGCGGAGUACAUCAGUAAGAUCAAAGGCGUGUCCUUGGAGAAGGUAAUGGAGGUGACGACCCAGAAUGCCCUGCGACUCUUCCCGAAGCUGAGGUCUGUCAUCCGACCCUAACAGCCGAAUGAACAAAUCAUCCCAAUGGG